UCACCGCUCCGUCACCGCUCCGUCACCGCUCCGUCACCGCGGCCUUGCGGAGGGACGCGCGCCGCCGCUGAAGGAGGGGAAGGGUAGAAAAACAACAAAGUAAAGCUGCGCGAGGCGUGCUGCACAGCGGCGUCGGGCCGGCUCCGUGCGGGGGUCUCGGUUGGAGGCAGACAAAAUGGCGGCUGGGGCGGCCGCCGGCGGCGCUGCCGCGGGGGGCCCGGGCGAGGUGGGCCUGGAGGAGCCCAAGAAGAUGACGAGGGAAGACUGGAGGAAGAAGAAGGAGCUGGAGGAACAGAGAAAGCUGGGAAACGCGCCUGCUGAAGUGGACGAAGAAGGGAAAGAUAUCAAUCCUCAUAUUCCUCAGUACAUUUCCUCAGUGCCAUGGUACAUAGAUCCUUCUAAAAGGCCUACACUAAAGCACCAGAGACCCCAGCCAGAGAAGCAGAAACAGUACAGCUCUUCUGGAGAUUGGUACAAACGAGGAGUUCAAGAGCAUGCAGUAGCUACCCGAUAUCGUAAAGGCGCUUGUGAGAACUGUGGUGCAUUGACACACAAAAAGAAAGACUGCAUGGAGAGACCCAGGAAAGUUGGAGCAAAAUACACAGGCAUGAAUAUUGCGCCAGAUGAACAUGUGCAACCUGAACUGAUGUUUGAUUACGAUGGAAAGCGAGAUCGUUGGAAUGGAUAUAACCCAGAAGAGCACAUGAAGAUUGUAGAGGAAUAUGCCAAGGUUGAUCUGGCCAAACGUACACUGAAAGCACAGAAGCUUCAGGAGGAGUUAGCAUCAGGAAAGCUGGAGCAAGUGAACUCCCCAAGACACCAGUGGGGAGAAGAGGAACCAAAUUCCCAGACAGAAAGAGAUCGUAACAGUGAAGAUGAAGAUGAAGAUAAAUAUGCAGAUGACAUUGAUAUGCCUGGGCAGAACUUUGACUCUAAAAGACGCAUCACAGUCCGAAAUUUACGUAUUCGGGAAGAUAUUGCAAAAUACCUAAGGAAUCUAGAUCCAAACUCUGCUUAUUAUGAUCCCAAAACAAGAGCGAUGAGAGAGAACCCAUAUGCCAAUACAGGCAAGAAUCCAGAUGAGGUUGGUUAUGCAGGUGAUAACUUCGUUCGUUACACUGGAGAUACCAUUUCAAUGGCACAGACUCAGUUGUUUGCUUGGGAGGCUUAUGACAAAGGCUCAGAAGUGCAUCUUCAGGCGGACCCUACAAAAUUAGAGCUACUCUAUAAAUCCUUCAAAGUGAAAAAAGAAGAUUUCAAGGCGCAGCAGAAAGAAAGCAUCUUAGAGAAGUAUGGAGGACAAGAACAUCUAGAUACCCCACCAGCUGAGUUGCUGUUAGCUCAAACAGAAGAUUACGUGGAGUAUUCUAGACAUGGGACAGUUAUCAAAGGACAAGAGAAAGCUAUUGCAUGCUCUAAAUAUGAAGAAGAUGUGAAGAUCAACAACCAUACAUGCAUUUGGGGUUCAUACUGGAAAGACGGCAAGUGGGGUUACAAAUGCUGCCACUCGUUUGUGAAGUACUCAUACUGUACAGGAGAAGCUGGGAAAGAAAUUGCUAAUACUGAAGCAAGCUUACUAGAAGAGCAACCUAGAGAGGAAGAACACGUGACAAAACCCAAAACACUGAUGGAGAUCCACCAAGAGAAACAGAAAGAGAAGAAAAAGAAGAAACAUAAGAAGAAUUCUAAUUCAGACAGCGAGGGUGAAGAGAAAAAGAAGCAAGAAAAACUUAAAAAGGCAUUAAAUGCAGAAGAGGCUCGUCUCCUCCAAGUUAAAGAAAUUAUGCAGUUAGAUGAGAGAAAGAGACCAUACAACAGUGUAUAUGAAACCAGAGAGCCAACAGAAGAGGAAAUGGAAGCUUAUAGAAUGAAACGUCAGAGACCUGAUGAUCCCAUGGCCUCUUUUCUUGGACAGUAGCCUUAGUGAAAAUCAUUCCAGUACACAGGAUUUUUUUUCCAUACUUGUUUACAAGUCUAUAGACACCUUCCAUGUGGCUAAUAAAUGCCAGAAAUUUUCUUUGCAACACAGAUAUUGGUAAAAACUUCUUUCAGUAGAUGUAAGCAGUCCAGUACUUGGAGCAAUUUUGUAUGUGUGUGUGUGUACGCACAUAAUUUAUGACUGUGUGUGUAUAGAUACAUAUACGUGUGUGUGUACACAGAGAUGAUAAAGAAUACAUCCACUGUAAACUCUCGAUUGGAAGAGAAAUGAUCUGAUACUGGCUGUAAUUCCAGAGAUUCUGGAUUCAUUUGGCAGUGCAUGAAGACUUAAUAAAUUCAGUAAAACUGAGUACCCAAAA